UAAGGUGCAAAGUGUAAUUUAACUGAGAGAACCAAGGUCGAUCUUGUCUUUUUACUUGGAGAUGUAAAGAAACGAGCAAGAGGAAGAAAUUGGGUGUACGUUGUUGUGAUUGAGUAGAUGAAGAAUGAACGUGAUUAGGCAGAGAUUGAUGCACACGCUUCGGCGCGAUGGCCCAACAGAAACACUGAAGAGGAAGGCAUUGGAAUUGGAGAAGAAGAGGAAGACGAGGAAGCCCAAGUGCAAGGAACAGUUCAUCGUCGAAGUCCCCGAAAACUUGUCGUACCUCGACACCGCCACCAUGCCCAUGGUUGUCGCCGCCGUCGGCAUCGUAGUCCUUGCCAAGCUCCUCAUGAUGUAUGAUGAAUCAAGGGCCCAGGAGUUGCUGGAGAGGAAGAUCAAGCAUGCUCCAGCUGGUCAGGGAAGUGUGAGAAUGCUGAGCCGCGAGGAGUGGGACAAGGUUCGAGAACUCCGGCCUAGGACCCCGUUUGAGUCCAAGCUUGCCCGCCCUAAUGCCAGAAUCAGAACCGGAGAACCCUUGCGUCUUGAGGACUUGAAGGAUUGGACCAUUGAUGUUUUCAUGGAUGGUGUUACCAGAGCUGAAGAUUGCGGGAAACGCGGUUCUUUAUAAUUUCUCCUGGGUUAUAAGCUUGUCUUCUCUAAUUGCCCUUUCUUUUGUUCAAUCUCCGUUAGUGUUGCACCAAGUUGAUGCUCGAAAUUUUAUACUGUAUUUCAUCCCCCUAUGCCAAACACAUUUUUGAUAUAAGGAAUGGUUUAUGUUUCGUUGCAAUGGCAUAAAAUUGUCCCAACUCAUAAUAACUACUUUGGUUACCUUCCUUUUUACCCAAGGAAAUUGCAUAGAA